CCGCCGGAACUUGGCCGCGAAUGCGCUGACGUGGCUGCCCGGAAGUGGGGUUGGCGCAAGGUUGCCAUGUUGCAGCAGGACAGUAAUGAUGACACUGAAGAUGUUUCACUGUUUGAUGCUGAAGAGGAGACAACUAAUAGACCAAAAAAAUCCAAAAUCAGACACCCAGUGGCAUCAUUUUUCCAUUUAUUCUUUCGAGUCAGUGCCAUUAUAGUCUAUCUUCUCUGUGAAUUGUUCAGCAGCAGCUUUAUUGCCUGUAUGGUGACAAUUAUCUUGUUGUUGUCAUGUGACUUUUGGGCAGUGAAGAAUGUCACAGGUAGACUAAUGGUUGGCCUGCGUUGGUGGAAUCAUAUUGAUGAAGAUGGGAAGAGCCAUUGGGUAUUUGAGUCCAGGAAGGCAUCUUCUCAAGAGAGCAAAGCUGUUUCAGAGGCUGAAUCAAGAAUUUUUUGGUUAGGACUUAUUACAUGCCCACUGCUAUGGGUGAUAUUUGCCUUCAGUGCACUUUUCUCCUUUAGAGUGAAAUGGUUGGCAGUGGUUAUCAUGGGUGUGGUGCUACAAGGUGCCAACCUGUAUGGCUACAUCAGGUGUAAAGUAGGCAGCAGAAAGAAUUUAACCAGUAUGGCUACCUCUUAUCUUGGAAAGCAGUUUUUAAAACAAAACACAGAAGAUGAUCAGACUUCCUAA